UACAUUAACAAUGGAAAUGUAAUGACUUGAAAAGUUAUGUCCAACUUGACAGUGUUUGCAUUUCGUAUGACAUUGCCGAGAGAAAUGUAUUCAGUCUUCGUGUUCGGAUUAACGCUGACGUCACUUGUUGAAUGGAGUAGCCAACAUGGAUUGCUCCUAUCCCCUCCUCAGAGAGGCUCCCUUUGGCGGUACGGAUACGACACACCCCCUAACUAUGACGACAACGGACUAUUCUGUGGUGGCUUAGAGGAAUACAUUAAAACUGGCGGGAAAUGCGGAGUAUGUGGAGAUGCUUACAGUGGACCUCGCGAACACGAGGCUGGUGGAAAAUACGCUAAAGGAAUAAUCGUGGAGCAGCUUCCCGCGGAAUCCACAGAAAUGAAAACUACCAUCCAGAUCACCAGCUACCACAAAGGGUUCUUCGAGUUCAGAAUCUGUCCACACAAUGACAUCCGCAGACCCGUGGCCCAGGAAUGCCUUGACGAACACCUUAUGAUCAUCAAGGAGGGGUCCCCAGAAAGUUCCUACACCCGUUUCUACCCAUCAAAUCCAAAGGUGACGGGAAAAGACAAAUACCACUUGACACUGCUUAUCCCGAGAGGAAUGCGUUGUGAGCAGUGUGUUCUGCAGUGGACGUACAACACAGGAAACAGCUGGGGUACCGACAAGAAUGGUACCAGUUGUUUAGGAUGCGGAUUACAGGAGGUAUUCAAAAACUGCGCUGAUAUCAGCAUUGGAGGGACGCCUUCAGUUGAAACUGCACAAGCCGCGCUUAUCAAAUCUGAAAUCAAAGAAGACAAAACCAAACUGCAACAUGAAAUCAAAUCAGGGUUAUUUCACGAAGUUCGAAAAGCUAUUGAAAAUACCAAAGCAGCGAAGCACGUUCAGCACCCACAGCCACAGUCAAUUCAGAAAAUUUCUUCUCCCACUCCGGUAUUUUCGACUAAAACUUACACGUCAGGUGUUCCACAGACGACAUUUUCGGCUAAAUCAUUGGUGCAGAAUAGGAAUUUAUUCAUGCCUGUUGGGGGAUUAACCUUCCUCUCUCAAAUCAAGAACCGUUUGGCGAAACAGUUGAGUUGGUUGAAACAGGUUCCAUUUCAUCAUGCUAGCCUCCUCUCAGAUCAAACGCCAGAUAACCGUUUUACAUUGGCCAGCAAAAUCAAGUUUAUGCCAGACAACACUAAAAAUCAAGAAUAUCGUACAACAGCUAUGGCAUCAAACCUUUCGCCUAAAAUUAGAUACCACAUGGGCCCUCAGUCCUCCUUCAACUUGUACACAAAUCCGUCCCUGUCCUUUUUUGAAUCAGGAGGACACACUGCGAGAGUUUCUCGUCCUGAUGUCAACCCUACCGUAGCUUACAAAAUAAUGUCUCCAGUAACGACGACCAAGGUAACUAAAGCACCCACCCAGAGACCCACAGAGGCCUCUCUCCCUACCACCACCGACCCCCUAGACGUGUCACAGUGGGGGGAGGAAACGGUAACCAAACUUCCCAAGAAAUACCAGAGUUACUUCCGAAAGUACAGGGAGGCCAAAUCGACGUUGGAUGUCUUAGAAAGGAAUCCCAAGAAGGUGUUGAGCAUGUCUAAAUACAGAAGAUACCGAAAACGAAAGAACGGACAAAAUAGAUUAAAGAAUAGUCUGGUGAGAGACGUAAAACGCUGGUCUUCUCGCCUGGAGAAAAUAGCGAAAAAGUUACAUCAGUGAUUACGUUGUCAUCUUUCCGUAACAAACUGUUACUUCACCGAAAUCCGUUCAUAUUUAUUGACUCUUUUAUUUCUUGUGCGCGUUUUCAGUUGAGAAAACAAGAGACAUCGUACAGCGGUCGUUUAUUCAUGAUGCCGCUGGAGACUUCAACUUUUCGUUGCCAAGUCUAUGUACAUUAUUAUAUACACUUGUAAGAGAAUUCUUUGUGCCAAAGCAACAAGCCUUUGUUGUGCAAAAAUUACCAAUCAGUAUUUAUUAAUGUGUGUCAUUGUCUACUUUUCUUCCAGUAUUAUAAACUAACAGAGCUUCAACGAAAUGGAUGCAAGUUAACACAUGUUGUACUUGCAGCUAUUGGUGUUUUUGUAUUGGAUGUUUGGAUAUUAUUAAAAUUUGAUAACUUA